UUAUCAGUUCACUAACUUUGUUUCCAAUCAUCCUUUCCUCUGUCUCUCUUCUACAGCUGAUGAAGCAGAGGAGCAGGCUAGCCAAGACCAUAAACUCGUCCUUAUCAUCCUCCUCUCCAGCAUCAUCAACAUUAUCAUCAUCGCCAGUGCCGACUCGAGCGCCGGUCACCUGUCCCGCCUUUCUCCAGGCACCGGGUGCACAUCAGAGGUCAUCAUGAACGUGCAGGUGAUGCCCGAGCACAAGCUGGCGUCGGUGGCCCCUCUCAAACCGUACGCCGUGGAGAAGAAGGAUGUGGAGCUCAUCCUGGUUAAAGAGCGCAACGGUUUGCAGUACACGAGCUCCCGCACGAGCACGUGCACCGAAAUGCCGGAGCGCGAGACUUGGGGCAAGAAACUGGACUUCCUCCUCUCUGUCAUCGGCUUCGCCGUGGACCUGGCCAACGUGUGGAGGUUCCCUUAUCUGUGCUAUAAAAACGGCGGAGGAGCCUUUCUGAUCCCGUACACCAUGUUCCUGUUCAUCGCGGGAAUGCCGCUGUUUUACAUGGAGCUGGCUUUGGGGCAGUAUAACAGAGAAGGGGCAGCCACUGUGUGGAAGAUCUGCCCUGUUUUCAAAGGUGUUGGUUAUACCGUGAUCAUCAUAGCUUUGUAUGUGGGCUUCUACUACAACGUCAUUAUAGCAUGGUCUCUGUACUAUCUGUUCUCCUCAUUCACGAGUGAUCUGCCCUGGCAGCACUGUAACAACACAUGGAACAGCGACAUGUGCAAAGACCCCAAGCUCAUCAAAAACAUCUCUCUCCUGGCUAAUGCUACCUACGCCAAGUACAAGCGAACGCCUGCUGCUGAGUUCUACGAACGAGAAGUACUGCGCCUCCAUGAGAGUCAAGGCAUAGAUGACCUGAAAGAACCUCGCUGGGAGCUGUCCCUUUGCCUUGUGGUGGUCAUCUUUAUUCUCUACUUCAGCCUGUGGAAGGGCGUAAAGUCCUCUGGAAAGGUGGUGUAUAUCACUGCCACCAUGCCCUAUAUUGUACUUGUGGUGCUGCUGAUCCGUGGCAUCACACUACCUGGUGCUAUGAACGGAAUCCGUGCAUACCUCCACAUUGACCUCAAUAAGCUCAACAAUCCUCAAGUUUGGAUUGAAGCUGCCACUCAGAUUUUCUACUCUCUUGGAGCUGGUUUUGGUGUGCUUAUUGCCUUUGCCAGCUACAAUAAAUUUGACAACAACUGCUAUAGGGACGCCCUCCUGACCAGCACCAUAAACUGCAUCACCAGUUUCUUCUCAGGGUUUGCCAUCUUCUCAGUGCUGGGCUACAUGGCUGAUAAGCAUGGCAUCAGCAUUAAGGAAGUGGCCACAGAUGGGCCUGGGCUCGUGUUCAUCAUCUACCCGGAGGCCAUUUCCACUCUCCCUGGCUCCACUUUCUUUGCCAUAUUCUUCUUCAUCAUGCUUCUAACCCUAGGCAUUGACAGCUCUAUGGGUGGCAUGGAAGCAGUCAUUACUGGACUCUCAGAUGAUUUCAAGAUCCUAAGGAGAAACAGGAAAUUGUUCACCUUCAUCACUGCAUUUGGGACCUUCCUGGUUGCCUUAUUGUGCAUUACAAAAGGAGGGAUCUAUGUCUUCACCCUAUUAGACCACUAUGCUGCAGGGACAUCCAUUUUGUUUGGGGUUCUUGUGGAGGCCAUAGGAGUGUCCUGGUUCUAUGGGGUGGACAGAUUCAGUGAAGACAUUGAACGGAUGAUGGGCUUCAAGCCAGGACUCUACUGGAGGCUUUGCUGGAAGUUUGUCAGUCCUAUUUUUCUGCUGGUUGUGGUGAUUGCCAGCAUUGCCACUUCCAACACUAUGGAAUAUGAAAACUACAUCUUUCCUAGCUGGGCUACUUUGGUGGGCUGGGGCAUUGCCCUUUCCUCUAUGAUCUUCGUACCACUCUAUGCCAUCUACAAGUUCCUCAGUGUGCCAGGCACCUUCAAGCAGAGGAUAGCGUACUGUAUUACACCAGAGCACGAAUAUCAUCUGGUGGCAGAGGGAAACGUCAGGCAGUUCAAGCUCAAACACUGGCUUGCCAUUUGAUGUGACCAUUGGCGCUGGAAUGCCAUCAAAAAUCCCAGGCCGCUGAUGUGCCAUGUGUGGAACCUGAGAGAAAUGUGCCUCCAGUGAAGUGGACAAAGCAAAGCGAUGACGUCUGUGUGUCUCAACCACGUACCCUAUUGUCUGCACAACACUGCUUCUGUCCUGUGGGUCUCUUUUUCUCAUUGGUAGAGAAAAAGUGUUUUUAUGUCUGUAUUUUGUUUGUUUUUAUUAUUAUUGUUAUUAUUGUUGUUUUUGUUGUUAAAAUGAUUUUUAAAACAUGA